AUGGUGAGCUCAAUUCUCUCUAGUCUCUGUUUUGAGUUUCUCGAUUUGAAGCUUCCUUUGCUUGUCGAUUCGAGUUCAAAUCCUUUUGGUUUCGUCUCGGAUGGUAUCUCUAUUGAUAACGCUUCUAAAUCGUUAGAUCUGGAGAUGAAUUUCAUGUAUUCGAUCUUUGAUAUACUUGCUAACGCGGCAUCGGGAAUGGCUGUGCAUGAUGAUUGCAAGCUAAAGUUUUUGGAACUCAAGGCGAAACGGACAUUCCGUUUCAUAGUUUACAAGAUUGAGGACAAGCAAGUGAUUGUAGAGAAGCUUGGUGAACCUGACCAGUCAUAUGAUGACUUUGCUGCAAGUCUUCCUGCUGAUGAAUGCCGAUACGCCAUUUAUGAUUUCGACUUUGUCACUGAGGAGAACUGCCAGAAGAGCAAGAUUUUCUUCAUCGCAUGGUCGCCGGACACGGCCAAAGUGAGAAUGAAGAUGAUUUACGCGAGCUCCAAGGACAGGUUCAAGCGAGAACUUGAUGGGAUUCAAGUGGAGCUUCAAGCAACCGAUCCAACCGAAAUGGGUCUUGAUGUUUUCAAAAGCCGCACCACCUAA